CACCUAAAACGACGCGGUGAUCGCUCUUAGGUUCCUCUCUGGAUUCAGUUAAUAUAUUCUAAAGAAGGCAGAAAGACAGUCUGUCUUUUUCUAUUUUAGAGCUACAGUCUUCUGCAAGAACUCGGAGCACAACCUAUGGUAUAGAACUCGCUCGGUCGCUCGUUUCACGUCUCUUCAGUAACGCGCAUGGCUGUCAAGACGUUGAGUUUCGUUUGACGUAGGCCCGCUUAGUAAUCAUCUUUUCACGAGAUUGACAAGACAAAAGGGUUUUGUUGCUCCAACGUUCGUCAGUGGUACUCGCGAGCAAGUUUCUCGUUCAUUUGAGUAGCACACAGUCACACAUUUGCACAUCGCACAUCGCUCGAAAACGUGCCGAGAAUUGGUUAUUGGCUGUGGACGAACGGUCGAUCAGUCGGUUAGUUGCACGUGUGAGGAUCGUGAGAGAAUUUCCCAAAAAAGGAAGAACGCGUGGCCCAGAGUCGUUUGAUUAUGUGCGCGAAAAUGGCCUUUCAGCAUCAGCCGGGUACCGCGAUGGAGUGCCUAAGCAUACCAAUUACAUUACACAAAGAGACAGAAAUCAAUGAAAAUGGCGAAGAAGUGAUGAAAUGUGGAUUUAAAAUUGGUGGUGGUAUCGAUCAGGAUUUUACAAAAAGUCCACAGGGUUAUACGGACAAUGGAAUAUAUGUGACGGAAGUACACGAUGGAUCACCAGCGGCCAAAAGUGGUCUCAGGAUGCAUGAUAAAAUUUUACAGUGUAAUGGAUAUGACUUUACAAUGGUAACUCAUAAGAAAGCGGUUUCUUAUAUAAGAAAGCAUCCAGUAUUAAAUCUUCUAGUAGCUCGUAAAGGUGUUACCAGUACUUAAAAAGUUAAAAAUAUGCCAAAAGAGAUUUUUGUUGACAGAUAUUUAUUUCAUAUACUUUGAAGAGGUUUGCCUAUGCGAUGUAUUUUUCUGCCAAAUAUUACAGUAGUGUUAGCAACCUCUAUCUAUUAAUAUUAAUAGAAAUUAGUUCAAAAUAUAUGACGUUAAAUUUUAGAGCUGAAAAAAGUUAAGGUCUCUGUUUAUUUUAAGGCUGAGAUAAACAGAUGUUAUACUAACUUGAUAUUAUAUUAGCAUCUUUAUAAGGAAGUUUAAAAAGAGAAAUGCCAAAGUAUAAUAAUGUUGCAUUAAGUUAUAUAUAUCUUUGACUAUAAUAAUAUGGAUAUUCUUUCUCCAAGAGUCCUGCCAAGAAUUUAUAUUACAUGCAUCUUCCUUGAUGUAUUUCAGUCAUCAAAUCUAAAUAUAUUCACUUAAUAAUUGUAUAGUCAAAGACAUAUACAUAAUAUAGGUGUAAUAUCAAUUUUUAUAUACUAUAUUUGAUAUAUUAUAAAUCUAAUUGUAGCAAAAGUAGAAUUGAUAUUUGUGAAAAAAAGAUAUUACAAUUGUGAUUCGAGAUAUUGAAGAAUUUCAGAAGCUUCCAAAUACGAAUAUUUAUAUUAUUCCGCAUAAAUUAUUCCUUUUAAAAUAUGACAUUUUGGUAAAAGUUUUAAUACAAUCUACGUAUAAUUAUUAAUUAUUUUGACAUACAUCUUAUAUCAUUUUUAAAAUUAUUGUGAUAUAGAUUCUUUUUGUAUAAUGCCUAAAAUCGAAAAUGUGCAAAAAACAUUCCAAACUAUCCGCCUAAUAUUUACAUAUGUAAUAUCAGAUAUUAAUAAUCUAUCAGUUAAAUAUUAAAUUUGUAAUGUAUUUCUA